ACUUGUCCCCUGUUUUCUGGCUUCAUCAUACCUUAGAUGCGCUCUGGCGUCUGGCCACUGCCACUUUUGUAAACAAACCAGAGGGCCAAAAAGUUAGCAACAGUUACCGGUUUCCAACGAAUUUUACUCAUCCUUUGUUUUUCUUCAUCAAUUUGAGGCGUUGAGGAGGAUUUUCGAAAAGUUUUUGAGAAACUCCAGGAAUUGUAUCAACAGACAUCAUGUUUGACAUAGAUGUUCAGAGGUUCCUGCAGGUCGUACAGACAAAGGGAGUUAUGAGCGAUGAGGAUGUUGUUCGAGAAGUUGUUGCUAUUUUUGGGGACAAUACUACAAAAAGACAGAUACAAAUGAUCAACAGAAGACUGGAACCAUUCAACAUGACGAUCAAAUCAACAAAUUGCGAGCUUACUGGCAAGAACUACUGGGUCUUCACAGCUAAUGUCAUUGAUAAGGUGAUGACAUAUCCAGGGCAAUUCACCGAUGUGCAACUAGAGUUCAUCAGAAAGGUUUUCAGCGAGAUUAUUAGUUCUGAGGAAGGAUAUGCUUCCACUAUGACUUGCAUCAAUGUGAGAUCACAGAUGACUGGGAAAUUCUCACCGACUGAGGCUGAGCAGAUGCUGUAUGAGAUGGUCGAGCAGAUGUGGUUGCAUCACCAGGAUGGAAAGGUUUAUAUCGGAGUCAGAAGUAUUGGAGAGCUGAUGCCAUAUUUCAAAGACUCUUAUGCAGAUGGUCUCAACGUUUGUUCAAUGUGCAAGGAUACGCUAUUCCACGGAUACAGAUGUGAGGAGUGUCAAACUGCGGUUCACUUGUACUGUCUUGCAAAAGCAUUCAAAUACCAGAAGAAUCUUAAAUGCUUGGGAUGUGAAACUCCUGUGCAAGUGAAAAAUUUACCAGAAAUUGAAGACGAUUCAAUGGAAGUAGAAGAGGAUGAUGUUGGCCCCAUUCAGCCUCAAAAAGCCCGGAAGUCCCACAAGAGAAGAGGAUAAACAUUCAAAAAACAUUAAUUAAAGCAAAAAACUCAUUUCUCUUAUCAAACUCUAUUUCUCAUUUUAAUUUAAUAAUAAAUAAUUCAAUAUGUUCG